GUUCAUUCAUUCUUCAGCUUCAGUUCCUCUGUUACCAGUAUACCCUUGAUCACAUAUAUAUAUUGGUUGCCACUACUUAUCUACUUCCCAUCUUUCUAUAUAUAACUUCGGUCUACCAGUACUAUCAAUAUGGGAUCAAACGAUGAAUCAUCGUGGCGCCGCCUGAGCGUCGGUAUUGUUGGUGGUGGUAUUGGUGGUAUGGCUGCGGCCAUUUCGCUCCGUCGAGCAGGCCACGAUGUGACUAUCUAUGAGCGUCAUGAUUUCGCGGGUGAGGUUGGAGCGUCGAUUUCGUGCGCGGCCAAUGGUACUCGCUGGUUACACGAAUGGGGAGUCGAUGUUGCUAAGGGCGAUCCGGUCAUUCUGCGCAAGUUGAUCAACCGGGACUGGAAGACUGGAGAGCCUGUUAGUGUGUAUGAUUUGGGGGACUAUGAGAAGCGUUGGGGACAUGUCUAUAACAUGUUCCAUCGGCAGUAUAUGCAUGCUAUGUUGAAGGACUGUGCUAUGCAGGAGGAGGGCCAGGGAACGCCUGCAAAGCUGAAGGUCAAUUUUCAGUGCAAAGAUAUUGAUCUGAAUUCCGGUGUGAUCACCUUUGCCAACGGGGAGACUGCCCAGCAUGACUUGAUCGUUGGUGCUGAUGGAAUCGGCUCGGUUGUCCGUGGCAUUAUUGGUAUUCAUCCUGAAAGAAAGCCUGCAGCCUCCAGCUGUCUGCAUACUAAUGUAACGACGGAGGAGGCUGUUCGGCUGGGUCUGGUCGAUUACUCGAAGAACAGUGCGCUUGAGUACUGGGGUGGCCAGGAAGGCAAAUGGGAUAAGAUCGUGCUCUCGCCCUGUAACGGUGGUCGCUUGCUGUCGUACUAUUGUUUCUUCCCUCGCGAGAUGGGAGACUAUGCAAGCCAGACCUGGGGUGGCGAAGACCGUCCCGUCGAGGAACUUCUCGCGCCUUAUCCUCAUCUCGAUCGCCAGGUCUUCUCGCACUUGGCAAUUGGCAAGGAAAUCAGACCAUGGCGUCUCUGGGUGCACCAACCAUACCCAUAUAUCUCCCGCAACAUGGUUUGCCUUCUCGGUGAUGCAGGGCACCCGAUGAUGCCCCAUCAGAGCCAGGGUGCCUGUAUGGCAAUCGAAGACGCUGCGGCCUUGGGAAUUAUCUUCAGCAGGGCGCACUUCAGGGGCGAUGUCGCCGAUGCGCUGUCGAUCUACCAGGAAAUCCGAUUGCCCCGGGCCACCAAGGUUCAGUCAGCUUCGGCGAAGGCAGCAUAUAAUAUCAACGAGCGCAUUGGUUUCUCUAGCAAUACCGACACCGCCACCUAUAAGGUUGAGGAUGAGAAGAAGAAACUGACCAUUGAGGAGAUGAAUGCAUAUGACAUGCACAGAGACAUCGAGGAAGUUGUCGCCAUGCGAAGGGGGCUGCCGCACACAGACAAGUUUAUCAGAGGGCUACCAGUCGGCUUGAAGCUAGGAAACGGGGUAGUUGUCGGGGAGCAAGAGACUAGCUCAUUUCAGCCUCGGAUUUGAGUACAGCAUGCGGCAUGCUAGUGUUUUGGGGGCGCAGCAUUAGUUUCGCGCCGGUGGAGGAGUUCUUUCUUUUGGCGUUGUCUUGUAUAUAGCGUGAUCAUGAUCUGAGAUUGUACUUGAGCAGCUGAUAGCAUUUAUCUACUAUGGGUUAGUGUGAUACGUACGGGGCAACCUUUUGGGCCUUCUCGAAUGCGACUUUCACAUCACUGCAUAGACAGA